AUGAUUAUUGGACUUAUCAUUUCAACAUGUUCUAUUUUUCAAAUGGGCUAUAGUAAUGCAUAUGUCAAUACAGCCAUGAAUGAAUUUAAACAAUUUUUAAAUGAAAGUUUAGACAAACAAGAUAUUAAAAUGUCUCUUAAUAAUUAUUAUUGGUUAUGGUCAGGAAUAUUAAAUGUUUGGUUUAUUGGUUUUACCUUAGGAACAUGUAUAUCGAUACCUAUUUCAGAUAUUUUUGGAAGAAAAAAAAGUUUAAUAUUUGUUAAUUAUACUCCUUAUCAUUGGUAG